AUGUCUACUUCAUCCACCGUCAAUAAUACUGAAAAAUGGUCUGCCCCAAAAGUUAGAUCUACCUUUUUAGAUUUUUUCAAAGAUAAGAAACAACAUACCUAUGUUCCGUCUUCUUCAGUGGUUCCUCAUAAUGACCCUACUUUGUUAUUUGCCAAUGCUGGUAUGAACCAGUAUAAGCCUAUCUUCUUAGGAACAGUUGAUCCAGCAAGUGAUUUUGCCAAGUUGAAAAGAGCUGUUAACUCUCAGAAGUGUAUUAGAGCUGGGGGUAAACAUAACGAUUUAGAAGAUGUUGGUAGGGAUUCAUAUCAUCAUACUUUUUUUGAAAUGCUUGGUAACUGGUCGUUUGGAGAUUACUUCAAAAAGGAAGCCAUUGCUUGGUCCUGGGAAUUAUUAACUGAAGUCUAUAGCUUGGAAAAAGAUAGGUUAUAUGUUACAUACUUUGGUGGGGACGACAAACAAGGAUUAGAAGCAGACUUGGAGGCUAAACAAUUCUGGUUAAAUGUUGGUGUUGCCGAGGACCACAUCUUGCCAGGUGAUGCAAAGGAUAAUUUCUGGGAAAUGGGAGACCAAGGUCCUUGUGGUCCUUGUUCCGAGAUUCAUUAUGAUAGAAUAGGUGGUAGAAACGCCGCCUCCCUUGUUAAUAUGGACGACCCAAACGUAUUGGAAGUUUGGAACGUUGUUUUCAUUCAGUAUAACCGUGAGGCUGACGGCUCGUUGAAGCCUUUGCCAAACAAGCAUAUCGAUACUGGUAUGGGUUUUGAAAGAUUGGUAUCCAUUUUGCAAAACAAGUAUUCCAAUUACGACACCGAUGUGUUUUUGCCAAUUUUUGAAAAAAUUAGAGAGAUCACUGGUGUCAGACCAUACACUGGGAAGUUUGGUGUCGAUGAUAAAGAUGGUAUUGAUACUGCUUACAGAGUCAUUGCUGACCAUGUGAGAACUCUCACAUUUGCCAUUUGUGAUGGUGGGGUUCCAAAUAAUGAAGGUAGGGGAUAUGUUUUGAGAAGAGUCUUGAGAAGAGGCUCACGUUAUGUACGCAAGUACAUGAACUAUCCAAUUGGAUCAUUCUUCCCUCAGUUGGUUGACGUUGUCAUUGAACAAAAUAAAGAAAUUUUCCCAGAAAUCGAAUCGGGAUCGCAAGAUCUUAAGGAGAUUUUGAAUGAAGAAGAAUUGUCGUUUGCAAAGACUUUGGAUCGUGGUGAAAAACUAUUUGAACAAUAUGCCAUCAUCGCUUCAAAGACACCUGAGCAAACUUUAUCUGGUAAGGAUGUAUGGAGAUUAUAUGACACAUAUGGGUUCCCGGUUGACUUGACUAGAUUAAUGGCUGAAGAGGCAGGUUUGAAGAUUGAUGAAGAAGGAUUUGAAGUGGCCAAGGAAGAGUCAAGAGAAGCUUCCAAGGGCGCAGGUAGUAAGAAUGCAUCUUCUUUGGUUAAAUUAGAUGUGCAUGCUUUAUCUGAUCUUGAAGGAAAAGUUGCCAAGACCGAUGAUAGUGCCAAGUAUGGACUUGAAAAUAUCAAAGCCAAAGUUCUUGCUAUCUAUGAUGGCAGUAAAUUUGUUGAUUCGAUUCAGCAAAGUGAAGAAGGUACACAAUACGGUAUCUUGUUGGAUAAAACGCCAUUCUACGCCGAACAAGGUGGUCAGGAAUACGAUACCGGUAAACUUGUUAUUGAUGGUAAAACCGAGUUUAAUGUCGAAAAUGUACAAGUUUACGCUGGAUAUGUUUUGCACACUGGUUUCGUUCUUGAAGGUAAAUUGAACGUAGGUGAUGAAGUGAUUGCUGCUUACGAUGAGUUGAGAAGGUGGCCAAUUAGAAACAACCACACUGGUACCCAUGUUUUGAAUUAUGCCUUGAGGGAGGUUCUUGGUGACGAUGUUGAUCAAAAAGGUUCGCUUGUUGCAAAGGAGAAAUUGAGAUUUGAUUUCAGUCAUAAGCAAGCCUUGACACCAAAAGAGUUGGAAAAAGUUGAAGAUAUCUCUAACCAAUACAUUAGAGAUAAUAAACAAGUUUACUACAAGGAUGUAUCAUUAGCUGAAGCUAAAGGGAUUAACGGUUUGAGAGCUGUGUUUGGAGAGACGUAUCCUGACCCAGUCCGUGUUGUUUCAAUUGGUGUUCCAGUUGAUGAUUUGCUCAAGGACCCAAGAAAUGAUCAGUGGAAAUCAUUAUCAAUUGAAUUUUGCGGUGGUACUCAUGUGGCCAAAACAAGUGAGAUUAAAGAUUUAGUUAUCAUUGAAGAAUCGGGUAUUGCCAAAGGUAUAAGAAGAAUUGUUGCCGUUACUGGCCAUGAUGCCCAUGCUGUACAAAGAGUUGCCAAAGAAUUUGGUGAUGAAUUGGAACAAGCAAAUGCAUUACCUAAUGGGCCAGUUAAAGAAAACAAGGUCAAGGAAUUGGGUGUUGCAUUGAAGAAGUUGUCGAUUUCUGUCUUGGAUAAACAAAAAUUGACUGAAAAAUUCAACAAGGUUGAUAAAUCAAUCAAAGACCAUCAAAAGAGCAUACAAAAGGAAGAGAGCAAGAAAACUCUUGAAGUCGUCAAGAAAUGGCUUGAUGAUGGUGAACAUAAAUCCGAGUUUUUGGUGGCACACAUACCAAUCAAUGCCAAUGCCAAGGCCAUAACCGAGGCUUUCAACUUGGUCAAGAAGCAAGACAAAACUAAAUCAUUGUAUUUGUUAACAGGACAAAGUGAUAAAGUCGCUCACGGGUGCUAUGUUAGUGAUGAAGCAAUUGCAAAAGGUGUUGAUGCCAGCCAAUUGGCUAAAGCAGUCAGUGGAAAGAUUGGCGGUAAAGCUGGAGGUAAAGGAAAUAUUGUCCAGGGUAUGGGUGACAAACCAAGUGGAAUUGAUGAAGCUAUCGAAGAGGUGACAAAGACAUUCAAAGAGAAAUUGUAA